UUCAACCACUUGUCUCUCUAUCGAAUCAUCGAAUGGAGCUAUCAAAUUAACCGGUGGGGUUCUCCAAGCGGACCAUGGCAGUUACUAAAGCUUCUAAAGACCAGAAAUAUGAUAGACAAUUGAGAUUGUGGGGAGACCAUGGCCAAGAAGAACUUGAAAAUGCACACGUAUGCCUGAUCAAUUCCACAGCAUCUGGGACUGAAAUACUCAAGAACCUUGUACUUCCAGGCAUUGGAGCGUUCACUAUUGUCGAUGGACACAAAGUCUCCGGGGAAGACGUCGGAAAUAACUUUUUUCUGAGCAACAACAGCAUAGGAAGGGUAAACGAUUAUGCCAUUCUAUUCUAUCAAUAUCUUAGCUCUACCUGUAUGCAGUAUGUCAUAACAAGUCUUUUGGGAUGGUGUGUUUUCCAGAACCGAGCCCAGGCUGCCACAGAGCUGCUACAGGAGCUGAACACUGAUGUAUCUGGCAACUUUGUGGAGGAGAGCCCUGAAAAGCUCUUGGACAACGACCCAGAGUUCUUCCACAGAUUUACCCUGGUGAUCGGUGUCCAGCUGCCAGAAAGCACGUGUUUGAGACUGGGGUCAGUGUUGUGGAAUGCAAACAUACCUUUCCUGGUGUGUAGAACGUAUGGCCUCGUCGGUUACAUGAGGCUAGUAGUGAAGGAGCACACAGUGAUUGAGUCUCAUCCAGACAAUGCCUUGGAGGACCUGAGGCUUGACCAACCUUUUGCAGAGCUCAAGAACCACAUCCAGUCCUACGACUUGGAGGGAAUGGGGAAGAAGGAUCACAGUCAUACACCAUGGAUCAUCAUUGUUGCCAAAUACCUAGAAAAGUGGUUCAGUGAACACAAUUUUCAGUUCCCGAAGAACUACAAAGAGAAGGAGGCCUUCAAACAGCUUAUUCGGCAAGGAAUCCUGAAGAGUGAGAAGGGAACUCCUGAGGAUGAGGAGAACUUUGAGGAGGCCAUCAAGAACGUCAACACAGCCCUUAACCCCACCAAGAUUUCAAGUGGCGUUGAUGACAUAUUCAAUGGAGAGCAAUGCAAUGACAUUACAUCACAGACUCCAGCCUUCUGGGUGAUGACGCGAGCAGUGAGGGAGUUUGUGCACAACGACGGUUGCGGAAACCUACCUGUGCGUGGCUCCAUUCCAGAUAUGAUUGCGGACUCAGAGAAAUUCAUCACCCUCCAGAAUAUUUAUAGAGAGAAGGCAAUGCAAGAUGCUUCCGUCGUGUCUAAGCAUGUGGAGUCUCUCCUGCAGUCUGUUGGAAAGCCCUCAGAGAGCAUAUCUGAGCAGGACAUCAAACUAUUCUGUAAGAACGCUGCCUUCCUGAGGGUGGUGCGCUGCAGGUCUCUGGCUGAAGAAUACAGCGUGGAGACGGUCAAUAAAGAUGCGAUCACCUCCUGCAUGGACAGUGCAGAUGGGGAGAUGGUGUUGUACCUAAUGUUGCGCUCUGUGGACCGUUUCUAUCAGCAGCAUUCCCGCUACCCAGGUGUCUACAAUUACCAAGUAGAAGAAGACAUUAGCAAGUUGAAGCUGUGUGUGAACAGCCUUCUGCAGGAGUACAGCGUGAACGUCAAUGUGAAAGAUGACUACAUCCACGAGUUCUGUCGCUAUGGUGCUUCUGAGCCACACACAGUGGCAUCCUUUUUGGGAGGAUCUGCUGCACAAGAGGCCAUCAAAAUCAUCACUCGUCAGUUUGUUCCCUUCAACAAUACAUUCAUCUACAAUGCCAUGUCCCAGACAACUGCCACGUUUCAGCUGUAAAAAAGCUAUUUUCCUCCUUAAUAACAUGCACUUAACCCCUCUGUAAAUUAUAUGAAUGGAAUGUUGCAGCGCAGUAGCGGUGAUACCUGAACGUUUGUGUAGUUGGAACACUUUGUUCAUACUGUAUGUUUCCACCAAUUAUUAUUGUGUUGUGGCUGAAAGAAAGAGGAAGUUCUGAUGGACUGUUUCCGAUUACUUUUCAAUGUUUGUGUUCUGGCUGGUUUAUUCUCACACAUUAAGUGUUGUACCUAUUAGUACAUUUGAAUCAUUUACCUGCCAAAUUCGAACCAUUCAAGAAAUGUCCCAGGGUUUGAAUAAUUUCCUCUGAAGAUAUCCUGUACUAAACAGAUAAGGAAGUUUGAGGUAAAUGCAUGUGGUGUACCUGUACAUUAGGUACCCAAGGAACUCUGAUUGUGCUCCAACAUCUUGCGCCCUGAUGGGCAACAGUCUGGACAUGGUACUUUACAUGGCCAGCAGUAGGGGUCACAUUGUCCUGUCCAAAUCAAAAUGAGCUGACUAUCAUGUGAGCUUCAUGAUAAACAAGCAAAAUUGCCACCCUAAUUUGCCCAAAGUUGACUGAUUGGGCACAAUUCCCAAGACAUUGGCCUGAUGGUGAUAAACGCUGUGGAAAAAAAUGUCUUACCUUUUCCUGUUGACUGGUAGAAUAACCCCAACAUGACACAAGUGUCUCUAUAUGCAAAACAAUAAAAAAAAAAUCCUCUUAA